CCACGAUUCAUUUUCGGUUAUUCUUGAGACCGCAGUACAGAAUGAUUACUUUGGUAUGGAAGAGGAUUGACACGUCGAUGUGCAAAUGUGGAGAUCCUCAUCAUAUAAAGCAAGGGUGUGUAGGACCUAGAUUGAGUGGCUAGGUAUAGACCUUCCAUAUCUACGCAACAUACACCCCAUACACCCCAUACAAAGCAACAAUAUCGAUACGAAAUGGUCAAUGUAGCAGUUCUCGGUGCCUCUGGCCAAAUCGGUCAGCCACUUAGCCUUUUACUCAAAUCUAGUCGUUUAGUCACAGAGUUGAGAUUAUAUGAUGUUGUUCACUCAAUAGGCGUUGCCACAGAUCUGAACCAUAUCGACACACCCGCCAAGGUCAGCGGAUACUUGCCCGCAGACAAUGGCCUGGAGAAGACGUUGACCGGAGCUGAACUUAUUAUGAUACCUGCCGGCAUUGCACGAAAACCGGGCAUGACUCACCUCUUUAAGACAAAUGCCAGUGUCAUUGCCGAUCUUCUAUCAGGCGUUGCCAAAUACUGUCCUACAGCCUUCGUUUGCAUCAUAACCAAUCCUGUGAACAGCACUGUACCAAUCGCUGCCGAGGUACUAAAGAAGGCCGGCGUCUUCAAUCCCCGCAAGCUCUUUGGCGUCACGACCCUUGACGUCGUUCGCGCAUCCACCUUUGUCGCUCACGCGCUCGGCAAGGAGGACCCUCAGGAGUUCAAGGUCCCCGUUGUUGGCGGGCACUCUGGAGCGACUAUUCUGCCGCUAUUCAGCCAGAGUCAGCCUUCAGUGGAAUUGACCAAAGAGCAAUUGGAUGCGAUCACAUAUCGUGUGCAAUUCGGUGGCGAUGAGAUUGUGAAGUCGAAGGCCGGUGCUGGCUCUGCAACUACCUGCAUGGCAUACGCUGGUUUUCGAUUUGCACAAGCCAUCAUAAAAGCGUCAAAAGGUGAGACUGGAAUCGUUGAAGCAGCGUAUGUUUAUCUCCCCGGUGUACCUGGAGGUGACGCAAUUGCAAGGAAUCUCAAAGUGGACUACUUUGCUGUGCCGCUCAAGUUUGAUGCAGAAGGCGCGGUCGAAGCAUACCCGGUCGGCAAGUUGUCAGCUUACGAAGAAGAUUUGCUACAGACUGCGGUGGACGAGCUGAGGGGAAAUAUCGCCAAGGGUGAAGCACAUGUCAAGGGAGCGCAGGCGUAG